CGCGCGGAGGCCUGCGGCUGAGAGGCUGAGCGGCCAGGCGUUAGUGGCGGCUGUGCGCAUGCGCGGAAGCUCAACUCCCGCCUCUCCCUGUGGCACCGGAAGGAAAUCUUCCCGAGCAGGAAGCCGAACUUCAGAAUGGCCACGGCCACGGACCGGCUGGUGGGCUUCGGCCUGGUCGCCUUCAGCCUCCUCCUCUUCGCCUACUACACCGUCUGGAUCGUCGUCCUGCCCUUUGUGGAGCGCGACCACCUGAUCCAGGCCUUCUUCCUUCCGAGAGAGUUCUCCGUCCUGAUCCCCGUGGCGGCCGGGCUGCUCUUGCUCCUCUUCGUGGGGACCUUUAUCGCCGUCAUCACGUGGAAGAGCCGGGCGGCGGCAAAGAAGGCGGCCUGACGGGACCUUGACCGCCCUGUUGACGUUUUGCUCUUCACGGACCGAGGGGACGGAGCGCUCGCUGGGCAUUCUCCCGUCCCUUUUGCACGUGUGUCCCUUUGCACCCUGCGGCAACAACAACAACAACAACAACAUGCAGGCCGUGCUGAGUGUUGCUGCAGUCUUGUGACAACCCAUGACUUGAACUAAAGGCUUUUGGAUCGCAGUCCAGCAGAGUCGGCUUCCAAAGUCAAUCCGGGGGAAUCCGUGUCAAAAGUGGUUGCGAUGACAAUAAAUAGUAUAUAUAUUUUUA